GUCUCCUGGUCGGGCUCUCGUUCUAUGCCUGAUGCCGCUGUUCCCUGGUGCUCCCUGCUCGGUCCCUGCCCAGCGCCUGACUACAGCUCCAGCUCGCGGCGUCCCCUCUGCUUAGCCAGGAUUGUCGUGCCUCUGCUCCCUGGUUUUCCCUACGCGCGAGCUCGCUGGUGUUGCCCCUGCUCCGCUUGGCCGCGUCCCCCUCAGUCCACCACUCUGCUCGGCCAUGGAAGACACGCCGCACCCUGGUUCCAGCUCGCGAUACUCCCUGCACGCCGGAGUCGCCCAGCUCGGCCACCUACCUCCCUAUGCGCGACCUCCUCUAGCUCCCUGUUUCUCCAGAGUGUCUUCCUCUGUUGGCUCGCCGGCUUCCUGCUCCCUGCUCACCCAGCGCACGCUUCUCCUUGUGUGCUGUGCCUGCGUGCUGCUCGCCCUAGCUCCCAGCCAUGGCGUCGGCCAAAGCUCCUGCGCGUUAUGUGCCCAGCUCCCUUUUCCGCGUAUGCGCGCUUAGCUCGCUUUCCUGCGCACCCAGCGUUCUGCUCCCGCUCGUCCCUGCGCGCCAAGCUCCUUGCGCGGUCCUUCCUUGAGCUCGGUCCUGCGCUUUUCCUUUCUCUGUGCUCGUGCUCGCCGUGCCGUGAGUCACUGGCCAGCAGUCCAGCUCGCUUCAGAAUCAAUCUCGUCGUCGUUCCGCGCGUCAGCAAGAAAUCUCAAGAGUUGGGUGAAGUCGGAGGCUAACAGCAUGGUAUUCACCAUGUGCGCGACAGGAAGCUCGAGCCAGGAUUUAUCCGCAUUCGUACGAGUAUUGGGUCGCGUUUGAUACUGGUGAGCCGAUUUAUAAUUUUUGUAAGUUUAUUUAAUGAUUGGAUUAACUAGAAUUAUUAAUCGUAAUAAUCUUCGUAUUUAGCGCAGGCGUAUUGUGGUAGUAUUAAAAAUAAGUAAAGUACGAUGGGUUUAGUAAUGCGAAAGGUGUAUUAAUUUAGGUGAUAUCUGGGCGAAGUAACGACGUAAAGGAUAGAUUUAGUGUUUUAUACAACUACCUGAUGAAUUUUGUCGUUGUCAAUUGCAUUAAAUAAAUAACAUAAAGAGAUGUUUGAUUAAUUGUUGAUAUGUAAAAUAUGUAAGGAGUGAAAUAAAAUUAAAAUAGUUCCUUGUGA